GAUUCCGCCUUCCUGCUUCCAGCCUGGCAUAUAGAAUUUAAACCUUCUCUCAGAAGUGUGUAGUAGAGCUAAAGAAGAAGACAACAACCAGGGGUCAUCCUUCUGAAAUUGUGAUUGGCUCACUAAUCCAGGACAAAGUUAGAGAUCACAACUCAAGCAUAAGUCCCCUUUUCCUAACACCGUUACAAAGAUGUUUGACAUAAAAGCUUGGGCUGAGUAUGUUGUGGAAUGGGCUGCAAAGGAUCCAUAUGCCUUCCUUACAACCGUUAUUUUGGCCCUUACGCCAUUGUUUCUAGCAAGUGCUGUACUGUCCUGGAAACUGGCCAAGAUGAUUGAGGCCAGGGAAAAGGAGCAAAAGAAAAAACAAAAACGCCAAGAAAAUAUUGCAAAAGCUAAACGACUGAAAAAGGAUUGAAGGAAUGAACAGGCUCGGCAACCAGAGGAAACUCAUUUUGGAAAUUAUGCAGCUUUGGAAGAUUUCUUAUCUGGAUUUAUGACAGUAUUUAAUAAACGAAGCCUGAGCAUAUGGAAGAAUCAUGUUAGUUCUGACCGCUACUGCAGCAGCUUUUAGGCUUCUGUAUAGAAGUCUAUUGGCAGUUAUUUAUUAUGCCAAAAAUGCUUUCUAACUGACUGUCAUUUGCCAUUUGCAGCUUAAUACAUCCUGUGGAGAAAAAAUGACUUUAGAUUAUGAACUCUACUCAAAUACUGGCUCAAAAAGGGUCCUGUUCUGGAGAAAGGAAACUAAGAAUGUAAAAAUGAGAACUGUCCUGAGGUGAAAAGUAUGUUUCG